CCUCAAGCUUCCCGAGUGCUGGGAUUACAGAUGUGCACCACCACACCCAGUAGGGAUCCAUUUCAUUUUAUUGCAUAAGGGUUUGUCGAGCUCCUGCUGUGUGCCAGCACUGGUUUAAGUGACAAUAAUACAGUGCUAAAGGGGACACUUAGGUGGGAGUGGGUGCUUGGGGGACAGGGAAGGGGAGACAGACAAACCCUCCCAUGACUUACGUAGCAGAUGGUGUAAGUGCCACCAUCCAGUAGAAUGGGCUACUCUUUUAUCUUUUUAUUUUUUGAGAUGGGGUCUGUGUAUGUUAUCCAGGGUGGUCUUGAACUUGUGGGCUCAAGGGAUCCUACUGAGUAGCUGGGACUACACACCACCCUACCCAGCUUUUGGGGUACUGUCUUAGAGAUGACCUGUUUAGGAAGAUGACACUGAAAAGAAACCUGAAGUGCCAGGGAGUGAGCCAUGUGGGUAUUUGAGGGAAGAGUGUUCUGGGCAGGUGCAAAGGCCCUGUGGUUGGUAUAUGGAAGAUCAUAGAGACUAGAGUGGUUAGAGAGGAGUGAGUGCAGGAAAGCAGCAUAGGAUGUGAAGUCAGAGGUGAGGAUAGGAAACAGUCAUGGUGGGCUUUGUGGGGCAUUGAAAGACUUGGCUCAAUGGGAACCCACCUAGACUUUCUGUACAGAGGAGCACCCUGAGCUGCUUUAGAUCUGAACAGUGCAUGGGGCUGUGUGGAAGCAGGGAGGAGGUUCAGCUUCUCUGCAGUGUCCAGCUCAAGCACCUAGGUGGCAGCAGUGGGGUGGUGGUUGGAUGCUGGGUACUCGCCAGGCAGCUGGGUGACUGGGAAGCAGGUGGAGGUCAGGGGCGAGGACAGAUGGCUGAAGGGCAGAGUGAGCUGGCAGAGGACCCUGGAGAUGCCUGAACUGCAUAGAGUGGAGCCUCCUGCCCCCUGCCACUGAGGAGAGGGCCACGCAGAUGGCCAUGGUGAAGGGCCGCUUCAUGGGGGACCCCUCACAUGAAUACGAGCAUACCGAGUUCCAGAAGAUGACGGCUGAGGACGAUGUCGUGGUCCAGGUCAAGGAAGAGACCCGCUUGGUGUCCGUCAUUGACCAGAUCGAUAAGGCUGUGGCCAUCAUCCCCCGAGGUGCCCUCUUCAAGACCCCCUUUGGACCUGUCCACGUCAACCGGACAUUUGAGGGACUGCCUUUGUCUGAGGCUAGGAAGCUCAGUUCCUACUUCCACUUCCGGGAGCCUGUGGGCCUGAAGAACAAGACCCUGCUGGAGAAGGCGGACUUGGACCCCUCCCUGGAUUUCCUGGACUCCUUGGAGCAUGACAUCCCCAAAGCGGUGGUGACGGGCAGUGCAACAGCUGAAGGCCACCUGGAGGCUGAUGCCCGGCCCUUCCUCAUCCGCCUCCCCAGGGUCCUGGAGUAUCCAGAUGGAGCGGGGCAAUUCGCUUGUGGUGCUGCGAAGCCUGCUGUGGCCAGGCUUCACCUUCUUCCACACCCCACGCACCAGGAACCAUGGCUACAUCUACGUGGGCACUGGACACCGUUGCUGUGCAUGCUGGAGAGGGUGAUGGAAAAGGCAGGCACCAGAAGGACAGCAAUGCCAUUUCAAACUGGGAGUGACUCCCUCAGCCUGGGCCUGCCGAGGUCUGAGGAGUGGUAGAGAACCCGAGGCAAGAUAGCUAAAUACACUCAUCAGCCUGUGGGCACUUCCUACACCUGGCGAGGAUGCACAACUACAACACCAAGAGCAAAGGAAGAACAAGCUAACAGGCCACAUCCAGCAAAUGUCCUUGGGGUUCUCUCUGGUUCUCCCAGUUUCCUUAGACAGAGAGAAGCCACAGCCAUUAGCUAGGAACUGGUAUGAAGCAACUGCUCAAUAAACGCUGGCUAUUUUUAGGGUACAAAAUACUCUCACAGUCCCUUUCUAACUGCUAAAUACUGCACGAGAAAACUUGGCCCACACAGUGAGGCUGCAAACUGUCACUCAUAAUAUAAAACCCUAUUUAAACAGCAGCUUGGUUACCAUGGUUUUACUCAGUGUUGGCCAAGGCAAGAGACAGACCAGAAAGAGCCCACGGUCCAUCACUUUUAGAAUCAGUGAACGCUGUACGCAGUUCCCUAGGCAAUGUCCAUCCUGUGCACACAGCGGGCAGGGAUGGCAGGGGAGACCUGCUGCUUAUCCCUCAUGAAGUAGGUGCUUCUGAUUUCUUCUUUUUGUCUAUGUGCAUUUCUCCAGUUUCUAAAACAAACAUAUAUUGCUUUUGUAAUAAAAAAAUAAACAAUAAAAAGACAAAGGUUUGUCUAAGGAGAAAAGGAAAUUCUAACCCAGCCAGAGGCCCAUGGCAGCAUCUGUGACCGACAUCUAAUUGGACCCAGACUGCCUGGAAUUGGUCCCCGUUUGUUUUCUGGGCAAUCCAUUCAUGAAGACUCAUUACUCUAAAACAACCAACCUGAGAUGCCCUCUGUGUCCAACUCCAGACAAAGGAGAAAGGAGGGCCAGCAAGGCCCUGAGACUUUCUCCAGAGAACACUGUGGUCACUAAUCAAUUCAAAGACCAGCUAGGUUCCUCCACCUGAAAGAAACUGCGUCACCCCACACACGGAUCCACUUGUACAGAACAGAGACCAACCCGAGAAUGGGAUGUGGAUGAGACUCAACCUGGUCGGCAGUCUGAAGCCAGCACAGCUGCAGAGGGGAGGGAAGGUCACUGCUGAGUGCUAGUCUGCAGACACAGCCUGGGGUGGGGUGGAGGUAGAAGAAGGGCACAUCCCCAGCCCAGCCAGGCUCCAGGCACCCCAGAAACUGCAAAUUUGCAAAAACCAAGUUGGGAAAGGGCCUGAGGGUGAGCAAGUCUGAGCAGUGCCAGGUAGGGGGAAAGUUGCUGAGAAGCCCCAAGGAAACAAAAGCAGAGACACAUUCUGAGACCAGUGGAGUCAGUGAAGAACAAUGCCCUGAAACAGAGGAUAAACAUGUGGUUCCCUUCUCUGGGCAGGCACUUGGGUCCUAACCAUGAGGUAAACAAGUCUAACAAAGCAUACAUCACUCUCGGCAAGGACCCAAGCCCUGAAGUCAUCCCACUGGCCCCUGGAGCAGAGAUCAAAGCCCAUGGCAAGCUCCACUGUUCACAGCUCUCCACGAACAACUGGGAGCCAGGACUUGCUAGGAGCCAGUGGGUAAAACAAUAGGCAGAUGCUUAUCUGAGACAAUUUGUCAAACCAGGGAAAUGACCUGAGAACUCACAUGAGACACAGACUCAUUUCAAGACUGAUCGCUUGCUGACUGCUGAUCUGGGUGGUGUCUUGGUACAGGGGGAGAAGGCGAGGCUGGAGACCAGAGAGGCCCUCAGUAGAUUUUAAGCCUCUGGAAAGAGGAGAUAGGAAUCAAAAUAGUAUUGAUUUUCAGUGUGCAUAGAAAAACAUGUCAAAACCAAACAAAACCUGAGAUCCAUUUUGUCCCUGGCCUUCUCUCCAUUCAAGAGAAGUGGGGGUCGCUAAGAAAAGCUGGACCAAGAGAUUUAGGAACUAACAGAAAGCUUGUUUAGGAAAAGAUGAAAUCACCCUGUGUUCUGAGAUAUGGGGUAUCAAGUAAACUAAGGAAAGAGAUGAAGCAGUUUUCUAAACUCGAGCUAAGUGCCAAAAUCUUUCAAGAUAGGCACUUCUCAUACACAUAAAAUAAUCAGUCCCAAAUCAAGCAACACAUUUGCUGAGCGCCCAUGGGGUACACAACUUGGCCCGACCCACCACAGGGAAUUACAAUAGAACAGGAAGGCACGGUCUUUGUCCUAGAGGAGGAGAGGGAGCUAAACCAAGCAUGGGAACUUCAUAAUAAAGUCCAUGCCUCGUAAAGAGGCCCUCUGAGUACUUCAGUAAAUACUGGCCUAGGAUGGAGUCCAAGACAACUGAAUUGUAAAAGUCUGGAGCAAACAGCAUGGUGGUAAGAUUGCAAUGAACGAAGAAGACUUUGACUACAUAAACACGAAUGCAGUGGGCUACAGCCGUAUAAAGCCCAACUGCUUAGUAAGGGAGGGAGGAAAGACCAACAAUGUGCAGGCCGCUGCUGCGCACAGCAGCCAAAGAAACCGAGGUCCUUGUUAGAUCUGUGAAAAGGAGGUCCUAAGCAGUAGAUAAAGGAACAAAUAAAUUGAAAGCUAGAAGGAGCCCUAGCAAUCUAUGUCAGGCGGAACAGAGUACCAUGUUGGGGAUACAGGCCAGUACCUCUGGCCAUUGGCUGCUUUUCUCAAACUUCUUGCCUCAAGCACACUUCCCCUAGUCCAUCUUUAAUUCUAUCAUUAAUGUUUUCUAGUUUGCUUAUCACUUCCCUUUCUUUUUCCCUUGGACCGCAGAGGGACUAGCCCUCUGCCCUAGGCUUCAGGGCAAGGAGUAUUAUUAUUGCUGCCAGCGCGCGCGCGCGCGCACACACACACACAAACAAUCUCUCCAUCAGCAAGGCUCUUCUGGACAAUCUCACCCCGACCCCCCCAUACUAAGGAUUGAA